AUGAGUUCUUCUUCUUCUAUCGAGCAUCAGGAUCCGAGAUCAGGGACGCCGCCUUAUCCUUAUGUUGAUGGAAAUCAGACGUGGAAACGGAUGUCAUUCCUGACGGUUUCGUCCUUUGGUACUCAAUUCCUCUGGUCUACUGAAAUGAGUCAAGCCUCGCCAUAUCUUCUGUCCUUAGGAAUCUCCAAGAGCCAAGUGGCGUUAGUUCUCAUGGCUGGCCCAUUAAGCGGAUUGUUCACACAACCUAUAGUCGGCUUAUAUGGUGACAAAAACCAACACAAAUUAGGCCGUCGGAGACCAUUCAUAAUAUCUGGAGGUCUUUGUACUUUGGUCUCGUUGUUUACGUUUGCAUGGUGUAAGGAAUUGGCCGAGUUGAUCUUCGAUGUAGGCUCCCAAUCCCAUCAAAGAUUAUCAAUCUUAUUAGCUGUGAUUGCCUUCUAUGCUCUGGAUAUCUCGAUUAACAUAGUGACGGUAUCGAACAAAUGUUUGAUUAUAGAUGUCUUACCCUCAAGGGAGCAACAAUUAGCCAACGCCUAUGCAUCAAGAUUCAGUGGAAUAUCAGCGAUACUCAGCACGUUAAUCUCCUUGCUCGACCUUCCCAAACUCUUCAAAAGCUCAAGUAGUCAAUUGAAGAUGAUCAGUUACAUCGGUGGACCCGUAUUUUUCUUCUCACACCUGAUGAUGUGUAUGACUGUUCAUGAAGCGCGAUUUGUAAUCUCAAAUCGUAGUUGUAGGGUCCCUGCGACGAACAUGAAUAACAGCUCGUUGGUGAGUAUCAUCGGCUCGACUUGUCGGAAGUUUUGGGAGGCAUGGCGGGCGUUGGAAGGGACGAUAGUCAAGCCGAUCUGUUGGAUUCAAUUGUGGGCAUGGUUGGGCUGGUUUCCGGUGAUGUUUUACUCGAGCACAUGGGUUGGCGAGAUCUGGGCUCGGACGAAUGGUGAUUUGAGUUGGAUGGAUGGUGAUGAUCAGGAGAAGGCCACCCGGAUCGGGACAAUCGGCUUGCUCCUUCAAUCGCUUCUCUCCCUCCUCGGCUGGCUGUUCAUCCCUCGCUUCGUCUCGAACUAUAGACGAAAACAUUAUCAGAUUGCUAAUGACUACGGGAAAACGUUGGUCGAUCUUUGGGCUUGCUCUCAGCUCUGCUUCGGCUUCUUGCUCCUCAUCAGUCCCUUCUGCGAACAUAAUCUCGUCCUGUCUAUUCUCUUGAUCGGCGCUUGUGGAAUCCCUUGGGCUAUUACUUGUUGGGUCCCUUUUACACUUUUAGGAGAAGCGAUACUAUUCAAAUCAGAAUCAGUCAUUCCAGUCGAGAAUAAUUUUAGAUUAUUAUCAGAUACUGAGCCAGUUGAUUCUGGAGAUCGAAGUCUGUCGUCUACAGAUGAUCAAUUGACGAUCCCAUUGCAGCCGAUCACGAAGGACAAAGCGUUGAUAGGCCGACCAGUGUUGUCCUCCCUGGACCGAUCAGAAGAAGAAACAGAUAACGGUAACAGCACGAACUUGAUCAAUGAACGCGAGCGAGAAACAGUAGAGGAAGAGCAAGCGCUGAUAGAAGAAGGUCACAAUUAUGAUGAUCAUGCUAAUGAUGACGAGAGUGGAAGGAGGGAGGAUGAAGGGAGCCAACUAGCCGGGACCGUUCUCGGGAUCCACAACGUCUUCAUCGUCCUGCCCCAGUUCAUGAUCUCCUGUCUCUCCUCGGUCUUGUUCAAGCUACUUGAGUCAGACCAUCUUGAUACUCCUCGUCCUCACUCUUCUCGCCCCCCGGUCGGAGAGCUCAAUCCUCUGCAGGCUCAUGGUCGUAACGAAACUCAUGGAAUUAGCGAAAUCGGAAUCAUUUUCAGGUUCGGCGGAAUUGCGUCGUUGGUUUCUGGUCUGUUUUGUUGGAAACUGGGUCGACUGAUCCAUCAUAAAUUCUUAUCUUCCUCUUAA